AUGUAUCAUCAUUUUCCAAUAAAAAUAACUGGACAGGAGCUGUCGGAGUGCACGACGCCACACAAGAAACGGGCUUCGUCCUGGGCAACCCUGCAGGACCUCGCCGCCGAGACCGCGGAAGAAACCCUGGACGGAAUGGGAGGGGGGGGCACGCGAACGGCAGCAGGGGCGGGUACCAACAACAACAACGACGUGGACAUCCGGAAGACGAUCUCGUCUCCAGCGCUGCAGCAGAUGCUCUCUCACCGCGGACUCUCCGCCGCCUUGCCGCCGUCCCCUACCUCCGCGGCUGGCGUUUCGGCGGGGGGGGGGUUCGGGGUAGGCCUAGGGGCGGUGCCGUCUCAUCUAGGGGGCGGGGGACUAGCAGCGCUACCGUCCUCCAAUAUCCCAGCUGCUACUGCUGCUGCUGCUGCUAUGCCUUCGGGGUUGGGAGGCGUGUUCGCGCCGGGGCUCGGUGCAAUGAGCGGGGGUUCCGCGGUAUCGACAGCGUCAGGGGGGGCCGUAGGUGGAUUUACUCCCGGCAUCACAGCCCCCCCGAGCGGCGAGCCUGCAGGUGGACCGGGGAUGGUCGGCGCGAAUCCCCCCCCGGACGUUAACGCCUUUUCCUCGGCGGCGGCGGCGGCGGCGGCGGCGGCCGGAGCCUCCAUGAACCCGCUGCAACGCGCCUCCAUGAACAUGAUCGCGUCGAUGAACAUGAACCUAGGGGUAAAGAUGGGGCUCGACUUGGCGGCGCGGAUGGGGGGAGCGGGGGCACCGGGGGGGGUGAUGAUGCAGCCGGGCAUGGUCGGCGCCGCCGCCGCUCGGGGAGCAGGGACGGAGGACAUGAUGUCGACGUAA